AUGUCAAAUAUUAAUAUUGAAGAUAUUUGUAAUAUUUGUAUUGAUAUAUUAAUAGAAAAUAUUAAUAUAAAAUCAAAUCAAAUUAAACUCAAAAUAUCAACUCGUAAUCCAAACAAAGUUCAAUUAGAUUCUAAUACUAAUGUCCAAUUAGAUUCUAAUAGUAAUGUCCAAUUAGAUUCUAAUAGUAAUGUCCAACUAGAUUCUAAUAGUAAUGUCCAAUUAGAUUAUAAUACUAAUGUCCAAUUGGAUACUGAUAGUAAUGUUCAAUUGGAUACUGAUCGUAAUGUUCAAUUGGAUACUGAUCGUAAUGUUCAAUUGGAUUCUAAUAGUAAUGUCCAACUGGAUACUGAUAGAAAUAUAAAUCUAAACCCUAAUUUAGAACUUUUAAAAAUCUUGACUGAUUAUAGAAAUAUUAAAAAAACUAAUUCUAAAUGUAAAUUAUGUGAAAUUUGUGAUCUAAAUGAAUCAAAUAUACUUUUUAAAGGUGAUUUAACAAAUUUUAGUCUCCAAAAUUUUUUUAAUCAUUUUAAUAUAAUUAAUACAUCCAUUCCAUUAAAUAAAUAUAAUAUACUCAACGGUACAAUACUCAACGGUAAUAUACUUAAUGAUAAUAUACUUAAUGGUAAUCCUCUAAUGGGUAAUCCUCUAAUGGGUAAUCCUCUAAUGGGUAAUCCUCUAAUGGGUAAUAUACUUAAUGGUAUGAAUAUUAGAAAUAAAAUAUUAAAAGGAUUAAAUUAUUAUAUAAUUUGUUUAAAAUUAAAUAAAAAUCAAUUUGAAAAUGAAAUUAUAAUAAAAUUUGGAUCAGACAUUUAUAUUAAUUUUUCUAAUUACACAUUACAGGUCAAGAGAUCAUUUCUGGUUGAUAAGAGAUUAAAAAGUAUAGUAAUGAAUAUAUUUUUAAGAGAAUUAAAUACAAUUGAUCAAGAAAGUAUUUUGUUUAAGAAUUUUAAAAAAUUACAAGAAAAUCAUCUAUUGUAUGAACAGUUAAUACAAGUUAAACCUUGCAUUCUGUAUGAUGGUGAAUAUAUAUUGAAAAUUAUAAGAAAUAAAAUCUCAUUUGUUGGUUAUUAUAAUAAGUUUCAUCGUAAUAUUUCACAAACGAAUUGGUAUUUAGAUCGUCCAGACGUAUUUUUUUAUUCAGUUGAGCUAUUUACAGUAAACUAUUUAUAG